AUGGACGCCAGCCCGGCCGGGGCGGUGGGCGUCGCGGCUGCAGCGGGGGGCAAGACGGAGCCGGUCCGGCGGCGCCAGCCGACCGAAAGGCGCGACCGCAGCCAGAGCGCGCGACUGGAUGUCCGCAAGCGCUCCUACACGGCCGACCCGCGAAGCCCGACGGGCGGAGGGGGAGGCCAGAGGAUGAGCAGCCCCAAUGUGAAGCUGAGUAAGGAGGGGAGCCACAGCGCGAGGGAGAGCACGUCGCGACACGAGCGAGAUGAGGAGGCGAACGAUGAGGAGGUCCAAUCUAAUGCGGGUAAAAAUCGGCGCGAACGGAACUCGCAAGAUUUGAAGAAGACGCUGAGCACGGGGAGCAUCCGCACCAAUGUGGAAAAAGAUGCCUCAGCCAAGGACAGCAAAUCGGGAGGAAGCAAGCAGUCCAAAUCUAAUCGCGACCUCAACAAGCUCUGCCAGGAAGACAAAGCAGACCGUAAGAAGGCGUUGGGCGAGGCCUCACCAACGCGGCCCGCGAGAAGACGCGCCACGACACAAUCGGGAGCAAUAACAACACUGCGGGUCACGAAGAGGGAACGAAAGGAUGACGAUGAUCGCCCCGCGUCUCCGGGAGGGAAUCGCAGCUCGCGACGGGAGGAGGCGGAACCGGCGGGGGACGAGGGAUCAGCUGACAGCAAGCGAGGCGCCUCGGCGGCGUCGACCACCAAGAGCCGGCCGGACAGCGGCCGGGACAAGCGCGAACGGCCUCGCGGCGAGCGAGCCAAGGACGGGGGUGACGACCAGCACCAGGCGAAGGACUCGCCGACGAGCGACCGGAGGAGCAGCCGACCGACCAGCGUACGGAUCUCCAAGGGAGCUGACGCCGGCGGCGGCGCGCGAAAGGAGCGAAGGCACGACGAAGAGUCGAACGGCGGCGGGGAGGACGACGACUCGAGCUUUCUCACCAGCAGCGGGGGCAUCACGCCCGGGCGGGAAUCGCGGACCACGUCCAGCCCCAUCGACGACGACGACGACGACGAAGACUCGACGACGAGCUACACCACGCCACGUGACCACUCGUCGAAUAUGAACGGCGGCGGCAGCGGCAGCGGCGCCAAGUCGCGGCGUAUGUCGCUCAAGGUGCGUGAGAACGGCGUGUCCAGUAGUGAGGACCAGCGAAAGCGCGGCGGCGGCAGUGGUCGUCGGCGGGUGGGCUGCGGGAAUCGGGAGCGGGAGGAGAGCGAGGAGGAGGACAACAAGGACAGCAAGACGGAGGAGGAGCAGGACAACGACGGCCAGCUGGAUUCGGACGAGGAGGUCGCGGAGGUCGAGGAGGAGUGCAUGCUGGACGCGGCGACCGUCGAGUACAACGCCCGGCUGCGAAAGUUCAUCCUCGCGUGCGUGGAGAAUCUCAUGAAGACCGUCACUCGAUGGGCAGUUGUCGUGUCCACUCCCUUUGCCAUCGCAGGCGAGCUGCGAGUGGUGGACAUCACGCGAUACGUCAACGGCACACUCGUGAUUCUCGAUGGUCUCAAGCUGGGCCAUCGCAGUCAGCGCAGCGCGUCGGGGCGGGACCUGAGCGCCUCCAAGGUCGACAAGUCCGUGCAGAACCCCAUCCACGUGGCCGUAAACAUCCUGCUCAAGAAGCUGCUCAAAAUCAAGAACCGGGUCAACACCCUCAGCUCCAAGCGCCUGCCCCACUUCUACCAGGCCUUCUACGCUGUGCAAAACUUUCAUGAAACGGGAGAGGCCCCGCGGGACAACUCGUCGGUGCACUUGCCGCUCAAGUCCACGAUGUCGGAUUCGUCCAUCGACGCGACGCUCGUGGCGGCCCAGUUUGGCGACAACCCCCUCCCCACUCCGUCGCCUCGGCCCAACCCGUUCGAAUUCCCUUCGGGCACCGACGUUCAGGUGGAGUACAUGAUGGAGCCGAUGAAGUGCCGAAUAGGCAGCGCCGGGGCAAAGAACCGAACACUCGUGCUGCAGCGGUCCAACCUGCUCGUCUUCCCGAAGAACAGAUCCAAGUGCAAAGACGACAAGCCCGUGAAGGUGCACGACUUGCGCAAUACCAAGACCAUAUCUCCGUCCUAUGUGAAUAAGACCGCCACGAAGAUCAAACCGCAGAGCUUCUGCGUGCUGACCGUGGAGGACGAGGAGAUCGAAAUCGAAGCCGCCAGCAAGGAGACCAUGGCCGCAUGGGCGUUGGCCCUCGACGGACUCUGCAUGCCCAACUACUCGACCCACUUGAACGCCCAGUUCCGAAGCGAGCUGUUGCAGUACGUAGGCAAGAACGUGUAUAAAGGAGGAGUGAUCAAGUCGUCGUACGAGGAGGAGUGGUCCUACUUUGCCAACGGCACGCUGGAGCGGGCGGAGCCACUCAACGGCCGCCGGCUGGCCUACGCCUGGGACGGCGAGGUGCUGCAGCCGCUCCGCGCCAAGGGCGCCAGCGAGGACGACUGCGGGUCCUCCCUCGGGACCGGCCGAUGGAACGGCGUCUGGCUCUCGUGGUACCGCGGCGACUACCUCUCCGAAGACCCCGUCAUUCGGUAUUUCUGGCUGCCGGCGGAGAAGGAGUUCCAGACCAGCAACCCGCUGUUGACGUGGAAGUGGACGCGCCACUUCUUGGCCUCCAAGUACGGCAGCGGGGAGUGGAUCAUGGAAGGCGAGGUGCCGAGUCCGGUGGUGAUGUGUCUGCAGCUGAUGCGCUACGCGGCAGCCAUCCGCGCGGAGGAACUCAGCCGCCAGCUCACCGCGGCGCCAUCGGUUCUCGCCUCGUCGCGCGGUUCCAAGAGCUAG